GUUCACAAUGGGAACCUUCAGCUUGAUGCUCGCUUUACUCUGCAACCUCAGUUGGGUCGCUGUGUCAGUCUGCCUGUUUCAAACCGUGACGGUUCAAACCCAUGAAGAAGUCACUCUGCGAUGCGUCAACCUUAGCUGGAUUGCCGGUCACAUUUUCUGGUUCAAGCUGGCCGAUGGAGCCAACGUGAGCCGGAUCUCGUCUAUGUCCACCUCAGAAGCUGUUCCCUCAUUUUUUGAUGAAUUUCAUCAGGGCAGAUUUACCAUGAGAUCCAACGUCACAAACAUAUUUCUGGACAUCAAGCAGGUGGAGGUGAACGACUCUGGAUUGUAUUUCUGUGGGUUUUAUGCUGAGGAUUUCCCUGGAGUCUUCAGUGCAACAUAUUUACAUGUCGAAGUCAGUCUUUUACAUCAGAUUGAAGAACCAGACAACCUGAUGAACUGGAUCCUGGGUGGCGUAGUCAUUUUUCUUGCAAUGGUUAUCAUCAGUUUGGUUGUCAAAAUCAGGACUUUGUAUCCAGCUCCAACACACAGAAAUAAUACAGAACGCUGUGAGAAUUUGGACUCUUGCACCCAGAACUACUCAGCACUGAGGUUCCCUCCAAAAGUAAAAAGCAACAGAAGACCAGCAGCAGAACGAGUGGUGGAGUCACGUGGAGUUCUCUAUGCUGCUACAAGAUAG